GAAUGCGGGGGUGAACCUCACGUUAGUCCAUCGUCUCCCUCUGUUGUACUCCGGUGUAAAGCUUAGUGGUUGUCGAGGGCAAACUCUUGUCAACCAGAUAGAAUAAUUUGCUGCAUAUUUAACCAUCAAAACAUGGAAAAAACAUUAGUUGUUUUGCUAUCUAUGGCUCUAAUUGGAGCAACAGUUGCUCAAGAAACAGCAACACCUGCUCCUACUACAGCAGCACCUGCCGCCACAGAAGCGCCUACUACGACAAAAGUGUUAGAAAGUUACGGUUUGACUGUCACCUGCACAAGUCAAUACAUGGAAGCCCGUCUGGACAUCACCAAGCACACGGGAAUACGAACCGACACCGUUGCCCUAGAAGACCGAAACUGUGGAGUAACAAGAAGUGAAAGGGACUUCUUAUACUUCAGAACUGCACUCGAUGGCUGUAAGACAAAGCACAACACGACAUCCGAUAGCAUUGUCUACUACAACUCGAUCUACGCCGACACCGGUUCAGGGUCCAACAGUGAUAAGAUUUCUCGUGCCAUGCAGGCGGAGUUCCCAUUCAAGUGCACAUUCCCACGAGCAGCCAUCCUCUCUGUCGUCUCGUUUUCUCCAAGACGCAAGGUCGUCUACACCAGGGCUUCUGACUUUGGUAACUUCACAUUCUACAUGGACUUGUAUCAGACCAACAAGUUCGAGAAAAAGUACGAAGACUACCCAGUUCAGGUGAACCUGAACGAGCUUCUCAACAUCAAAGUUGGUGUCCAAAGUAACGAUUCUAAGCUGGCGAUUUUCGCUGAUGAUUGCUGGGCUACACCAACUGAGAAAGCUGAUGACAAGGACAAUACACACACGAUCAUCGAUGGCGGAUGCAAGAAAGACGAUACCCUUCUCUACAAAUUCAAGCCCAACAACUCUUCUCAGAACUUCCAAGUCAGAGCCUUCCGCUUCGUCACCGGCCGUACCAACGACGUCUAUCUUCACUGUAGAGUCGAGGUUUGUCGCGAGGGAGACGACAAUUCCAACUGUGUCAAGGGAUGUCGAGCUGGUAGCAGAAGGCGUCGUUCUCUCGUCUCUGACGCUUCUAGUGAGACUCUCACCAUUGGUGUGAUCAAGCUUACUCAGAAUGCCAACGCUCAAAGCGCCACUGGAAAUGCGUCAUCUUUUACCACCAUCAGCAUCAUCGCUGGUGUCCUUGGAUUCCUGGUAAUUGCUUUGGUAGCCGUGCUCGUGGUUGUCUACAAGAGGCGUCAAGCUACACCAGUCAACGUGGUCUUCAAGAAGGUUUCUGGUAAUGAAGCUGAUCAACUGAUGGCCUAGAACAUUUCUUCCUGUACGACAUGGUUUAUUGUUUUGUUUUUUGUCUUUUAGUCCUCAUAAUGUUUUUCUUUUCGUUUGUUACUUUCCCCUUUGAUUUUCAUUUAACCUUCUCCCCGUAGAAGCGUUUACAUGAAGCUAGGACGGCUUACGUGUCAGGGAAAAGUUUUAAUCUUCUCUCUUCUAGUAAAGAAAGAAAAUUAAAGACUUUCCCAAGAAACUACGCUGCUCCACGUUCCAUGUAAGCAAAGUUCUGAUGUAUAGGAACAACUACCAAGUGUCUUCAAAUACGAGAGGCAUUGUUUUGCAAGUGAACAUUUUCUCGUUUUUGAAUUCAUCUAUGGAAACGUCGGUUCCUAAAGGUAUUAUUCUUAGUGUUUAAACAUAUUAUUGGGGUGACGUUCAAGCGUCUUAAUAGUACCACGAACUCAUAGAUGAGCUGAAUUCAAAACUAAGCCGUUUUUUUAGUUGCGCUUUCUCGACGCAAGAUUUAAAGGAGCAAAAUUUUCCAUAUUUUGUUUUUUUCGGAAAAGGAAGCUGUUUUGAAGUCUAUCCAUUUUUGAUUAGGUACUUUUUAGCGCUAGAACGAAUAUUUUACUUUUUUAUAUCAUUUAGUAAUUAUUUUAGCCAUGCAUAAUCAAUUCCUAGCAUAGUGAAUAUUCUAUCGAUCAUUAAGAUGUAUCUUUAGUGUUAAGGCUUUUCUAAGGUAUUUUUAACUGGGAUUUUCCAACGGAAAUAAAUCGCUAUAUCCGUAUAUAUGUUAGCAGUUAAACCUUUAAACCUAAUAAUUGUAAUCCCAGGAACAGGGAUACUUAGACUAUUGUUUAAGAUAAAAACAGCUGGUUUUAGGUUUUGUAAUUUGUAUAAUAAAAGGACUGAAGUAAACUUUUUAUUUGAGCCAA